AUAUAUAUAGUAAUUUAGUUGUAGCUUUUCGAGUGUGUAAUAGUUGCGAAGUAGAGCGGGCAACUUAAGUGGCCCCCGGCCACAACUUGCACCACCUUGUUUGCAUGGCUACCAAAGUAGUGCGGAACCCCAGAGCUGAGACCCUAAGUGCUGUUGCAACCGCCGGCGGGAUGGCCCACACAGACACAUUGGAACAGUGCCAUAAAUGACAUGUGAUAGAUGGAUGGACACUUGGUGAGGGCUUUGGGGGAUUAGCCAGGAAUGUGGCCCAAAUGAAGCUGCACCCGCCUGCUGCCGUCUCCUGUAAUUAGGGCCCCUCGGGGCAGGUCCACAAGAGCCGUUGAUAGUAGCCAGCUCUGAGAGGAGGUAGCCCACACCCACCUCCUCCUACUUUCCAACCACUUUGCUCGGUUCUCUGGGCCCUCGGUUCUUUUAUUACGUAUACGCCCCGCUGGUUGAUGUGGAACAGCUCUUGAGGCGAGACAGCCAUCUGCCUCAAUAUUUGGUCUGGGCAAAUACGGAUUGUCCGAUUUCGAAUAUUUUUAUUGACUGAACGUAAGAGACUCGCGCCUCUCCCACGUGUGGUUGAAUUCAUAUACAUUUUGAUGGAGCUGGGACAAUAUUAACGAAUCGGAACUAAUAUCAUUCGUUCAACCAUGGCUUACGAGAGAAAACUAAAAAGUUAUACCCAUCAUCAUAAAUCGAUCGCUGCUAAGUGCUAAAAUAAGCCAACUCACUGCAGAUCAGGAAGUUUUAUCACAUCUUCUAAAAGAAUUUGCACAAAAUAUUCAACGCAUUGGAAUGUGAAAGUCACAAUGAAUAACGCCAGCUGAAGAAGACGUAAUCGGUUCAUUGGCCCCCGAAACCCGUAGUCUCGAGCCCCAUCGCUGAGGACUGGGAGCGGUCACCAUGCGACGUCCGAAAAUAUCCCUCAAGAAGUACUUCUAUUUCACACUGAUCUGCGCCCUCCUCCUCAUUUUCGUUUUCAAUCUCAAGGAGAGCGAAUUAUGGAAGACGCGGAGUUCCCGAUCGUCACAAAUAACCACACAGCAGCAGCACCACCAGCAUCUGCACCAACUGCAGUCCAUGGACGAGGAGCAUCCAGUGGCCACCAGUUCCACGCCGGCGCCAGUUGCACCCACUCUGCUCCCCGAAGUGGCGGAUAAUCUCGUCGAGGAGCCGGAACAGGCGGUUCUGGAGGAGGAGGAGACGGAGGCGGAUCGACUGCAAGAGCCGCCGGUGGAGAAGGCCUGGUUCUUCAAGAACGGAGAGUACUACCCAAAGCCAGCCAGGACCUACAGCAAUCGCAAGGCCAGGAAGCGCCAUGCCCCGCGUCUGCUGCCCCAUCAGGAUCCCUAUUCCGAUCGGAUCGUUAACCAGCUGAUGUACGUGCCGCAUAACUACGAGGAGAUCAAGUCCAGCGGCAAGCUGAAGACCAUCCUCCUCUACAAUGGACUGGGUCCGUGGAACGUGAAGAAGGGCCGCGACGUCUUCCUGAAAGCCAAGUGUCCCGUGGACACCUGCGAACUGACUGCCAAUCGCGAUCUGGCCAGCUCGGCCGACAUGAUCCUCUACAAGGACCACUACAUCCCCACGGGCAUCCGGCGGCCCAACAAUUCCAAGCAGGUCUCCAUGCUCUACUACCUGGAGUGCCCGUAUCAUACCCAGAACGUCAAGGUGCCCGAUGCCAUCAAUUGGACGGCCACCUACAGACGGGACAGUACUAUUGUUGCGCCCUAUGAAAAAUGGCAGUACUACGAUACAAAGGUGCAGCAGCAGGAGCAGGAUAUCAACUACUCCGUCAAUAAGACCAAGAAAGUGGCUUGGUUUGUGUCCAACUGUGGAGCGAGGAAUGGCCGGCUCCAGUACGCCCAUGAACUGCAAAAGCACAUCGAGGUUGACAUCUAUGGGGCUUGUGGCAACUUCAAGUGCUCGCGGAGCACGGCGGACAAGUGCUUUGAGAUACUGGACAACGACUACAAGUUCUACCUGGCGUUCGAGAACUCCAACUGCAAGGACUACAUCACAGAGAAGUUCUUCGUAAAUGCGCUGAACAGAAGGGUUCUGCCAAUCGUGAUGGGGGCCCGGCCGGAGGAUUAUGAGGUGAGUGCCCCACGGAGGUCCUACAUCCACGUAGACGAGUUCGCCUCGCCCAAGGAGCUGGCGGAGUAUCUGCGCAUCCUGGAUCGCGACGACGAGCUGUACAACUCGUACUUCAAGUGGAAGGGCACCGGGGAGUUCAUCAACACGUACUACUGGUGCCGGGUGUGCGCCACGCUCCACAACGAGGAGCAGCUGAGGAAACCCCGGUGGUACACGGAUCUCAACGACUGGUGGCGGGGACCCGGAGUCUGCACGACGAGAUCCUGGCGGAACUUUAAGGCGCGCAAGGAUGUUAUCAGCGACUCCAGCGAUGACUGAGUCCAAGUCCUCGACGCGAUCCAGAUCGUGGGCAUGGGCUUUCCGUAGACCACAAGUCAUCAUCAUCAGUGAGUCCCUUGUUUUUGAAUUGCUGUUUCGCAGGUAUCACCAUCUCUACUUUCACUAUCACUAUACACCGGAUGGGUCUAUUUUGUUUCCAGAAAAAAUGUGCGAUAUAAGGUCUUUAAAUAAUUGCCCUCUUCAUUUUAGAUUCGAAAAAAUGCCAAAUCUAUAGAUAAUACUAAAAACAAUUCUCGUAAGGUCUCAAAAAAAAUUUUUUGGGAUUAUAGACUCUGGUUUAUUUAUGUAUUCCGCGUAUAUGUAUAUGUCAGUGAAUUCUAGUGAAUGUUUGAUAUUAUCAAUCAAAAUUUCAAGACCUUUAGUCGCACACAAAAUUGUCUUUAAUCAAAAAAAUCGGCCCAUCCUUUGCUAAUCCAUGUGUAAAUGGUCGCUUCGUUUUUGUCGGAGUUUUACGUAAAUGUUUUUUGUAGUUAGUUAGUAAGUAAACCGAUCCUCGGAGCUGGGCACGCCCUGAAAAAUCGAAUAAGACCGAGGAGGCACGAGGUGAGGAAUGUUCAAGCACUAUCCCAUAGAUCCCGUGCCGAUCGUUGUAACAUAUACAAUACCAGAUGCAUAAGAGAACGUAGAAACCUAGCCUAGUUAUAUAUGGAUAUACAAAUGAUAUGUAUACAUAGUUCGGUAAUUUAUAUAGUUGUUUAAACCAAAAGCAAGUCCAAAAUAGACCAUAAUAAGGUAAAGAGAGGCAAGCCAGUAAAAGUAGUUUCGCAUUAUCAAGCUUAACUACGUUGAGAAGAGGCAUCAGCUAAAUAGCUUAGAUCUUUUGUAAGUGUUUUUGUAAGCAACCAGCAAGUGAUGGCUCGAUCUGAAGUGUGUUGCCUGUUAAUCGAGCACAUUUUCCUUUCCCCUUUUGAUUUUCGGUCUUAGAUCUUGUCUAGCCUGGCUUUUAGUUUAAAUGUUAGCUGUAGAGAGCUACUUGAAAAGGUUUCCCAGCCUGUUGACUAACUACUUACUCUAUAACCGAUUCGCACAAGCUAACAUAUAUAUCUGAUCUAAUACAAAUACAAUCUGCAUUCCUAUUUUCACAAAAUAACAUAUGACGUAUUAUUUCAAUUCAAACAGCGCAUAUGUGUGUUUUUACAAAUUUUAGCAAUAUUUGUAUUUAUUGAGUAACAUUUAAUUUAUAAGUAUUGAAUAAUAUCAUCUGUGUGUGUAUUUUGAUUGUGAACUUGUUUUAAUUUUAAUUUUUACUGUGAUACAAAAAAUAAUAACAUAAUAAACAAGAAUUAAACAGUGGC